AUGGCCAAACCUAUAUUCUGUGCCACGCACCCACGUGCAUGUAGUACAGCUUUUGAACGUGUGUUCAUGACCAGGAAAGAUUUGAACUGUUUCCAUGAACCAUUUGGCGACGCAUUCUAUUAUGGUCCGGAGAGGAUGAGCGUUCGCUAUGAAAAUGACGAAGAUGCGAGGAAAGCAUCGGGAUACAGCGAGGCAACCUACAAAACAAUCUUUGAUGACCUCGAACGCGGAGGAGACAAGGGUAAACGCGUCUUCCUCAAGGACAUGCUUCAGUAUCUGGUUCCCCCCGACCAGCAGCCUCCGAAACUGGCUCCAUCGUUGCAGUCAGUCAAGAGAGGCAUCGGAACCGAGAAGAUGAGCAACGGGGUCAAUGGGGUCAACGGUACCAACGGUACCAACGGCGUGAACGGAACUUAUCAUGUCAAUGGUACCAACGGCGUCAGCAAGAAAGCCCCGUUCCCAUUCCCAACGGAAGGCGAACCGGGAAAUCCCACAAUCGUCCCCAAAGCCUUGCUGGACAAGUUUCAUUUCACCUUCCUCAUCCGGGAUCCUCACUCGAGCAUUCCUUCUUAUUAUCGCUGUACCAUCCCGCCGUUGGAGGACUUGACGGGAUUCCACGAGUUCUAUCCGAAUGAGGCUGGUUACGACGAGCUCCGACGCUUUUUUGACUAUGCCCGGGAGGUUGGGUUGGUGCGAGACAGAAAAGAUGGGCUAAAGAAUGGGACAGAGAAUGGCAGAGUUGUGAAUGGCGAUGCCAAAGUGCCUGAAGUGUGUGUGGUCGAUGCUGACGAUCUGUUGGACGACCCCGAGGGUAUUCUCCGAGCUUACUGCCAGAGCGUCGGACUUGAUUUCCACCCUGACAUGAUGAACUGGGACAACGAGGAGGAUCAGCAGCGUGCGAAGACCGUCUUCGAGAAAUGGAAGGGUUUCCAUGAGGACGCGAUUGACUCGACAGACCUCAAGCCGAGGGCUCACAAGAAAGCACCAAAGACCGAAGAACAAUGGGAUGCUGAAUGGAAGGAAAAGUUCGGAGAAAAGGCUGCCAAAGUGAUUCGGAAAACCGUCGACGAUAACAUGGCCGACUACUUGUACCUGAAGCAGUUUGCCUUGAAGACUUGA